AUGAAAAAAUCAAUUAGUUCAAUCUAAUAGGUUAUAAAGACAGGAACUUAGAUAGUAGAAUAUACUUAGUUUUAAAAGCAUGAAAUUUUCAUUUAGCCUCCAAUAAAUUAAUGGAAAUAGCUAAUAAUGGAUAAUUUUGAAUGGUUUCUAUUAGCAAUGUUUCUGGUCUAUUGUGUGACAUUCUUUUUCAUGUACAAGAUAUUUAGCAAAAAAUCUAAUUAAUUAAUUGCUAAAGCUAGAAAAGAGAGUGCAACUAGUGAUGAAUUAUAAAAGUAUUACGUGUAUACUAAAGAUGUAGUUCAAUUCGUAUUGGUACUGAUCAAAAUGAAAAGCAAAGGAAAGACUAAACAUCUAGUACGGAUUCCUCACCUAGGAUUAUUUAAAAGGAACCUGAAAAUAAUUAGCUUGCAUUGCCUGAUCAUGGUAUCAAACUUUAAGGGCGUUAAAUAUCUGAAUAAAGAGAAAAAAUCAUUUAAUUGGAAAGAAAUAAAGAUGAUAAUACAAUAAAAUAUAUAGAAACAAAUAAAGUGAUUCGCAAAAUUAAAGCUGAUGAUGAAUAAUUAGAGUUUGUGACUCAUUAGUUUAUUGAUUUUAAUAAAAAAAAUGCUAUUGGUGUACACAUGAUAGAAUAAGAUAAUGGAGAUGGAAAACCAGAAAGAAUUAUACACAUUCUAACAGAUUGGAGUAGAUAUUGUUUAAAUGGAAAGUUCCAGAAUAACUACACUUCUCAUAAACUUAUAGGUAAAGGGACAUUUGGAGAAGUUUAUAAAUGUCAAAAAAUUAUUGAUCUUUAAGAAUAUGCUAUUAAAAGAAUUUUUUUUAAAGUUAAAAAUGAAAAAAGUUUAAGAGAUCAUUCAAUUUUUAGAGAAAUAAAAUCACUUUAAGAAAUUAAUCACAAAAAUAUAGUUAGAUAUUAUACUAGUUGGAUUUAAGAGGAGACUACAGAAGUAAUUGCAGAAAUUAAAGAAUUAAAUUAACUUGUAGCUGAAUAACAAUAAGCUUAAUCUAAAGAGUCUUAGAAUUCAUAUCAUCCUUAAUUAAUGGAUGAAAUGUCUUAUAUGAAUGAUUAUGUUUAAUUUGUUGGUGGUGAAAAUGAUGCAGAAAAUGAAUAAUAAAUUUAAACAAUUUCUAAAUAAUCAAAAACUGUGCAGAGUUUUCAUUUAUCAGAUUUUAGUAGUUAAAUUCAAUCUAGAAUGCGUAGAUUGCAUUUUAAUCCAAAUUAAAAAGAUGAAUAAUACUAAUUAUUUACAUUAUACAUUGAAGUAAUUAUUAAUAUAUUAAUGUAUUAGAUGGAAUUAUGUAAUUCUACAUUAAAAGAUUUCAUCGAUGAAGUUGAUAGAAAAAAAGAUUAUCCUAAAAUUAAAUCUAUAUUUAUAUAAAUAUUAGAAGGAAUCAUUUAUAUGCAUGAUAAUUUAUAUAUUCAUAGAGAUUUAAAGUAAUCUUAUUUAAAAUAAAACUUAGGCCUUAAAAUAUAUUUAUUAAUUCAAAAAAAGAAGUUAAAAUUGGAGAUCUUGGAUUGUGCAAUUCUAUUAUCAAUAAACGAGAUGAUGAUCUAUCGUAUUCUUCUAGUGAAUUUACAAAUAAUGUUGGAACUCCUAUGUAUAUGGCACCAGAGGUCAAAGAGGAUCAAUAUGGUCCAGCAGCUGACAUCUACUCUUUAGGAAUAAUAUUAUUUGAAAUGAUGUGGAAGAUAAAAACUCACAGUGAAAAAACAAAGUAUCACUUAAAAUUAAAUUUAGAUUGAUAUAAGCUCUCACCAAAGAUUCUAUCAUACCUUUUGAUUUAUAAAAAGAUCACCCUGUUGAAGCAGAACUCAUACAAUUAAUGGUAAAUAAAAAUCCAUAAAAACGACCAACUGCUUAAAAAAUUUUAGAAACUUUAAAACAAUAAUGA